AUGCUCAGACCCGGCUCGACCGUGGAUGCAGAAGAUGCACGGCAUCGGGGCGCCACUCUGAAAGGGUCUGAAUGGAAGAAGAAAAGUAAUGAAGAUGAUAUUAAUUAUGUCCAGUUAUUUAAAAGAAGUAUAGUUUAUCAAACUAAAGAAUUUUUUGAAAAUUCUACACUACAUGGAGUACGUUAUAUUGCUGAAACAGGACGUCCAAUUGGAGAAAAGUUUAUGUGGUUUUGUUUCACAAGCAUAGGAGCUGUUGCAGCCUUGGUUAUUAUUAUGAGUUUAUGGGAAAAAUUUCAAACAAAUCCAACAAUAACAGGUUUGGACACAGAUUUUCAUAAUCAACAAGUAAUGUUUCCAACAACAAUUGUUUGUCCAGAGGAACCUUAUGAUUCCGGUAAAGCAUAUCAAGCUGCUUACGCUCAAAUUGGAAAAUAUGAUAACGAUAAAGCACUUAUUAUAGCCCCUUUCUUAGAAAUUUUAACAAAACUAUCAUUUGAUAAUCUAAUGGAAGCUUAUGCAUUAAGUGAAAAUUUUAGUUCAACAGUUUCAUUAAAUGAAUAUUCACUAAGAAGUUUGGCAUUUAUGGCUGCUAAAGACUGUAACGACACUUUAUUAAAAUGUAAAUAUCGGACAGAAGAUGUCGCCUGUUGUUCACAUUUUGAAAGUGUUUACACAGAACAUGGUUUUUGUUAUGGUUUCAACAGUAGAUUUAAAUCCAAAGAUAAAAUUGAUGAAAAAUCUGUGGCUGUGCAUGAUCUUUAUGAAACUGAUAAAAAAUGGUCAUUACAAUUUUUACUUAAUCAAACAUCAAGGAUUUAUAUAUUUUCGCAUGAAGAGUAUUUUGAAGCCGGUUUUAAGCAUCAGCUUGUCUGGGAAAAAAGAAAUGAGGAUAGCAUUUUAAUUUCAAAGAAAAAUACUUAUACAACAGAUGAUGCAAAACAGCUUAGUAUUAAGCAACGUAAAUGUAUUUUUCCAGAUGAAGUGAAAUUAUCAUAUUUUAAAGAAGAGUACACGUUUUCGUCAUGCAUGAAAGAGUGUCGUAUAAAUAAAGCUUAUAAACUGUGCAAAUGUAAUCCACCAUUUUAUAAACCAAUUGCGGAUAUUCCAAUGUGUAAGUUAAGUGAUUUUCCAUGUUUAGACAAAUACAAAAAAAAUAUAACAAAUAUUAAGGAUUGUCUUCAAUGUGAGUUAAGUUGUCAGAAAACUGUGUACAACAUUGAAAAAUUAACAAAAGUUGAGGGUGAUAACAGUAAUGAAGUAAGAAUUGAAUUUUUAACAUGGCCUAUAAUUCGAUAUAAACGUGAAGUAUUGUUUGGUUGGGUUGAUCUAUUGGUAUCGUUUGGUGGAAUUGCUGGAUUAUUUUUAGGAUUUUCAUUGUUAUCUGGUGUUGAAAUUAUUUAUUAUUUUUCCCUCAGAGCAUUCUGUAUGAUAUACAAGAGCAGGGAUGAAUUGCAUGCGAUUGAGAAUGAAAAAUUGAAAAAGCCACCACCAAAAAUAAAUAUGUCCCUACGAUUGCGAGAACAAACUAGUAAAUCAAUGAAAGAAAAACCUUUAAAUUCUAGUGCAACAAGUGGAAUUAAUAUUAAACCAAAUAUUGAAAACAUAACAACGGCAAAUAAAACUACCAGAAGAAAUAUAAAUAAGCGUUUGGAACAAAAUAAAGGAAUUAUUCAAGUACGUCCAAAAGACUUUAGCUCAAGAAGCUCAAACAAAAUGGGAAUUCUACCACAUAACAGGAUUGGAUAA